AUGCAUUCUGUAGUUGAGAUAAAUGACCCUAAACGACGUAAUGAAAUAGUAAACAACUUUUUGAAAAACCGAAAAGAGCAUAAAAUCAAGAAUUUACAAGAGCGAUCAGAUUUAGAACAUGUAGAAGAUUAUAGAAUUGAAGUAUUUAAACCUAUUUUAGAAUCCAACAAAAAACUACAAGAAGAAAUAAUUGAUGAAAAGAAUAAAAUAGUAGAAACUCUGAAUAACUUCAAAUCACCUUCGCAACUUUCUAUAGGACCUCCAUCCACUUCGACACCAAAGACAAAUCGUAAAAGUCUCAUUAAGCAACCCUCAGUAAUCUUACCUCCAUCUCUACCUAGUUCUUCUCCACCUCAAGUUGUAAGUAAUCUAAUUGUAAGUUAUCUUCAAGAUAAUUCAGAUAGAAGUAAUGCUGGAUACUCAAUCAAGUUCAACAAAGCAGAAAAGAAGUAUGCUAUUGGUAACAAAGACAUUACAUUCGAUCAAAAUAUUAUCAAAGUUAAUAAUGAAGAAUACACAGCAACUGAAGGGUUGAUGGAGUUACUACUCAAAAAGUCUCCUGAUCUAAACAAGAUUACAACUGAAGAUUCUUCAAAUUACCAAAAAAUAUUAUUAUGCUCCAAUGCUCUGUACCAAGGUUUUGAUAAAGAAUCUAAAAGAUACAAUUCAGAUUCUAGUGAUAAAUGGAAAUUCAUAAAGUCUAAAUAUUUUGUUGCUAAGACUCCAACUACAGCUGGAACAUCUUCAACAUCAGGAAGUUCUAUUUCUUUCAUACCAUCAAAUACCAACUCUCUAAUUGACUUAUUAAGACUAUCUAUUGGUUCAUAUCAGGCUGGUAACAAAGACGAGUAUAAUAAAAUUCAUGCUAUGUUAGAUGAACUAGUCAAACAGAAAGUAAUCAAGAAGAAAGACUUGGGAGUAAUUUACUUGAACAUUGCCAGAAUGUACAUUAGUGACCAAGAUAAAACUCCUUUGAGAAUCAAUAAAAGAAAGUGGGUUAAACAAUACAAUUUAACAACACAAACUCUAUACGACGGAUUAUGGGCAUUGGCAAAAGAAAUGGAUGUCAGUCGAUAUAUUGACAGGAAGCCUCGAAACGCUGUGGUGGAUAACGUACACUUGGAGCGUACCCCAGAGUUACAGUUGUAUAAAUCCAGUUCCGCAAUUAGUAGCAUGAGUGAAUUGUAUGAAAGAUCUAGACAAAGUAAGGAAACUGUAGAGACUUUUGAAAAGGAUGAACGAGAGAAUUGUUCUAAAAUUAACCUUCUGAAACCAGUGAAAUCAAAGAUGAGUCAGAUUUAA